AUGGCAUCAUCACAUCCCGAACUUUUGUGGAUAUUGAUAGCCACUGGAAUCUCAUGCUGUCUUCUAGCCGUAUCUAUAGGCUCGAAUGACGUAGCAAACGCAUUUUCAACCUCUAUAGGAAGCGGAACUUUGAACCUUCGCUCGGCAAUUGCUAUAGCGUUCAUAUUUGAGAUUCUAGGCUCGAUUUUCCUCGGCGGAACAGUUUCAGACUCAAUCAGAGCAAGAAUUUUAAAAAUUUCAGCAUUUGCAGACGCACCGAGGGAUUUGGCGCUUGGAAUGUUGUCCUCCUCCCUAGGCUCGUUUAUUUUCCUAGCUGCUUCCUCAUUUAUUGGAAUACCAGUCUCAACCACACAUAGCCUUUUGGGAGCUCUUGCCGGGUUUGGAGUGGCCUGUGGCCGUUUGUCAGGAGUGCGGUGGAUUGAACUGCUGUACAUUGUCAUUUCAUGGUUCAUAGUUCCGAUUAUAUCGGUGAUUGCGAGCGCGACCUUCUACAUAAUAAUCCAGGAGUUGAUUCUAAAACGCAGAGAAUCGUUCAAUGUCAUGCUGAACUUUCACUGGGUUUUCAACAUCAUUUUUUCAGUACCGCUCUCAAUAUUCAUCUCAUACGAAAACUCAGUCCUGAGGUCAAGUAUAGGGUCAUUCGCAGAGUCCUACCGCGCAUGGUUCCACAGAUCAAAAUGGAACAAGUUUUUGUCAGUUUUAAUAGUGCUGUCAGUGUUUACAGCGCUUUCUUCAAUAGUUUCCUACACAGUUUUACAUUUCAGAUUAAAGGACAACUGGUCCUAUAUAGAGUCAUUAUACAAUAUAGAUCCCAGCAUAACAAGGUCAAAUAAAAAAAAUAGCCGAAAAUUUAGGCUCAAAAAACAUAGAUUUAAUACUAACUCGGGGAAAGAUACUCAAUCAGAUCUCGAACAGGAAGCUAGUAAGAAAGACCGUUCACAUGAUAUUGAGAACCCGGAAGAAUCUUGUUCAGCUCCUGAAAAUAAGGAGAGCAAGAAUUAUACAAACAAAAAUUCACCCUCGACUUCAGUGUCAAAAAAUUUUAAAGAGGGUCAGGAAAGUGAAGAUGAGAAAACCCCAAAAAAUAAACAAGAUAAAUCUGAAGGGGGUAAUUCAACAGAUUCAAGCCAAGAGGAUUACUCCAUGGAUGAUUCAAUGACAAGAACAGACUCGAGUAUACACAGGUUCUUAACAGGGAUUAAAAGCGCAUUUGUGACCUCAUUUAACAAGAGCAGAAGUUUCACCAAUACCAAUAUACACCUGGAUUAUCACGAACAAACAUCAAUAGAUAGCAUUAAGUCAAAUACAGGUCGACAUAGCUCCUCUGUUAAUUGUGUAAAUAAGUCGAGAUCAAACACAUCUGGUUUAUCAGAUAGGCGCAAGAACCUGUCGAGGUACAAGAAGGUUGUAGUCCCAACUGAAAUCAAGAAGACCCAGAACCAUAUGGCCCAGACAGCCUUUUCAGCAAUUCAAAUCGUUGGAGCCUCAAUCGCAAUCAUUUCACAAUCCUCAAAUGACACAGCAAAUGCAGUAUCGGCUUUUGCCACAAUUUACUUUUUAUAUAUGGACGGCAUAAAUGAGGAAGUUAAGGCCACGCCCUGGUACAUUCUUAUGAUUGGCGGAUUUCUGAUGGGAAUUGGCCUCACCUUUUUCGGCUACAAGGUUAUUAAAACUGUCGGACUCAAUAUCACUCGCGUCACACCCUCCAGAGGUUACACUAUCGAUUGCUCCUCUGGAACAAUUGUUCUCAUCCUGUCCUACCUCGGAGUUCCAAUCAGCUCAACCCACGUAGCAGUCUCCUCCAUCCUCGGUGUUGGCAUGGUCCAACACCUGCCCUCAUAUAACAAACAGUACUCAUUCAUCUACACUGACGAAAAGAGCAGUGACUUAGAUCCCAAAAACGAAACCACGAACAAUGAUACUCGAGAAAUAUCUGGACAAAGGAACCUAGAUUCCGCCAAUGCCGACACUCACCACACUUCAGGAGAAAAUGGUAAUCCUUGUCGAAGUGUAUCAGGCGUAGGCACAACACCGAGCGUAAUUAAUUUCUAUGCACCCAGGGAGAAGGGUCUGCUCGGUUUCUUUAGGAGUAUUUUCUCCAGGAUCACUACCAGGCACGUCAACUUCGGUCUCUACAGGAAGAUUUUUAUCACCUGGAUCGUCACGAUUUUCUCCACUGGGCUCCUCAGCGCUAUCAUCUUCCUCGUAUUUAAACUAUUUUAUACCUUUUCAUAG